AUGGCUCCUCCUUCCCCACCGUCGUCUUCACAAGCUCCGGCGGAACGCACACAUCGAGGGAGCUCGACUUCUUUGCCCUUGAGCUCCCCUGCGUUACAGAAGACUAAGCACAGCCGAGCUCUCAGCAAAGCAACUCGAAGUCCGAACUUCUGGUAUCUGGAUGGUUCCGUCGUCGUCUUGGUCGAGAAGACGCUCUACAAACUGCACAGGUCACGUUUAUCGCGCCCAAACUCAAACUACUUUGCUAGGCUCUUCGGCGAUGCACUUCAGACCCCAAGCAACAAGCGGAUCAGUGCGGAUGACGAUGGCGACACCAGCGAGUUCGAAGAACCUGACAUCGUCGAGCUUGCAGGCCGGUGUUCGGGCGGACUGAUGGAAGGUGAGAUCGUGGAUAGCUGCCCUGUGUAUCGGAUCGCCGGCGUAUCCGCGGAGGACUUCGAAUGUCUGUUGACCGCCUGGGAAAUGGGCAUUAAGUUCGCUCGCACAAAACCCCCUUUCCUCACCAUCGCUGCACUGAUGAGGGCGGCACACGCUCUUGAAUCGCCGAAUUACCUUGACUUUGCGACUGACGAACUCAUGGAGAUAUGGCCAUCAGAGCUGGACGAGCUGGAUGUCUCGCCAACGGAGGAGCAACAGAACUUCGCCAAGGAGACCCUCCUGCUCUCCCGGCAAUGUGAUGUCCCUGCAGUCCGGAAGCGCGCGUACUACGAGCUGCUACGCACACCUGGCUUCGGGCAGAUAUUCUUCGCCGACGAUGACGACUUCGUUGGCGACGACGACCUCAUUUCGGACACUCCAAGCACUCUGCGAUAUGCCGACCUACUUCGUUUGAUCGGCGCGCGCGAACGUUUAGAGAGCGCGUGGUUGAAGCUCGCCUGCGGGCCACCUACACCGUCUUCCAUCCCCUGUGAGCUCGCGAAGAUCCCUGCAGACAAGUUGAACGAAGAGCAGAAGCCCGCGCUCGAGAGCUGUCUCGCAGCGCGUGGCAAAAGCGUUGAGUGGUGGGCACAGCAUGUGGUGCAAGCCUCGCUCUUUGAAGAUGGUCUGCUGGAUCCGUUGACGGGUCUACAGGACCUGAUCGAUAUCGACUGGGCAGACGUCGGAUUCUGCGGUUCGUGUGUAGGAGCGAGGAGAGAUAUGUGGGCGGAGGAGAGGGAGAAGCUAUGGAACAAGCUCGAUCAGUGGUUGGGGCUGUCGGCCGGGGAGGACAGCAAGGCGAAGGGCAAAAAGAAGUGA